GGGGAUGCCAAACCUGGCCCGAGCAAACGUGGCCUGAAGAUGAAAAGGCAGAGCACUGAUGAGGGUCGCUCGGAGCGUCCUCCGGCGAAGCGCCAGAAUCAAGGCAAGGCUGCUGCAGAGGGACCACGGAACGUCGCGAAGGCGAACCGAGGUCUGGCUGUGGCAGUGUGUCGCGAGGAUGGCGUUUCGGUGGACGAGGCUCUAGCGAAGCUCAUCAGGAAGAAGCUUACGCAGCUGAUCGAGGUGGUCGUCCUCAAGGUUGUAAGGGGGGAGCCUGGCUUAGUAGCACCUAGAUUCGCUACGUCGGGGUUGGUGUCGGAAGGAUUCUUCCUUGUGACACCAAAAUCGACGGAGUCGAGGGAGUGGCUGCUAAGUCAGGACUUCGGAGAGCUGGACGGGCACAAGAUCAGCGUGCGUAAGCUGGAGCAGACCAGGGUGCAGGUCUGGGUUCCGGGCGAUGCGGAGACGGAGUAUGUAAAGGAGUUCCUUUACGCUCAGAACCCGGAUCGACCGGAGCUCAGGAUCCUGGAAUGGAAGGCGGCUGGAAGGGACGCUCUGGAGCUAGGGACCAGACUAACCUUCUUGGUUCCGGAAGGAGUUGAGGAGAACUGGGGCGAGGAGAAGACUAAAGUGCUGGACUUCUCAGCUACCAGCGUAAGAGUUAGGAUCUUGAGGGCAAACACAAAUCAACAACCCUCAGAUCCUAAAAACGAAGAAUCCCGAGCUGAAGCAGGAGAGUGCUGUACCGGGCGAUAUCCAUACGGAGGGGACGGAGAGUAUGGAUGUCGUCGACGGAAGUGAACUCUCCGGGUAGCAGCUAGGGGACAGCGACACUAUACACCAAACAACACAAUGAACACACAAAGAACACUACACAAACACCAACACACAAAAACACACAUAAACAUAUGCCAAGUAAACCUCCAACACUGCAAGGAUGCAAUGUCCGAGCUAGGACAAUUCGUUAGGAGGGCUGAAGUUGAUAUAGCACUGCUGCAAGAACCUUAUGCAUGGAAGAAUCAGGUGGCAGGCCUGGGACAUCUGGGGGGUGCUCUCCACUACGAAGGGAAUGAGACCUCGUGGUGGUGGAGACACACUUCACGACGAAAGAAGGGAGAAGAUACAAGGUGGCGCUGGCGUCCUGUUACAUGCCGGGCGACGGAGUGGCACCGACAAAAGAACUAGAAGAAACGGUACUUAGGUACACAGGAAAACAAGAAGAUUUGAGGAGAAUGGUGAGGGAAUGCCGCCGGGACAGUAACAUGCAGCUCCGACUCCA